AUGUUGGCUUCGCAAGACAACGCUGCAGAACUACAGCGUGAUGGGCUCGACUCUACACGACAAGAUCGUGUCCAGAAUUGGAAACCUUCAGGCCAUGAGUUGUUGGUCAUGCUCACACUGUCAGUCGUCUCGCUAAUGGUCAGCCUCGAUGCUACUACCAUCAUUACCUCUCUAUCGACAAUCGUCCGAGCAUUCGAUGCAAGCACAACCCAGGGCUUCUGGAUCGGGACCUCCUACCUCCUCACCUGUGCUGUGACGAUGCCUUUCACGGCAUCAAUCAGCAACAUCCUCGGUCGACCUCACUGCCUGUUUGCUUCAAUAUUGUUCUUCGCCGUCGGCACGAUACUGUGUGUCGUUGCACACGAUAUAGGUCUCCUACUUGCCGGAAGGUGCGUGCAGGGUGUUGGUGGUGGCGGCAUCAUAAUCCUCUCGGGGGUCAUAUUCACGGAUAUUGUGCCUUUGAGAUUCCGCCCGAAAUAUCUGGCGAUCAUCCAAGCAGCAUGGGCAUUAGGGACCGGUAUUGGGCCCCUUGUCGGAGGCGUCUUCGCAACGCCCCGACUCUGGCGCUGGGUGUUCUACCUGAUGUUCCCGUUCUGUGGCAUUGGCUUAAUCUGCGUCCCAGUAUUCGUCCGCCUCAAACCGCGCGACUCGACCUGGACAGAAAUGUUCAAUCGCGUAGACUGGCUCGGAGGCUUUCUGUUCAUCUCCUCAGCCACAUCCUUCCUCAUCGCAAUAUCCUGGGGAGGCACGCAAGAGCCAUGGUCCAGUUUCCGCACCAUCGUCCCUUUGGUCGUUGGCUCGGCAGGUCUCGUAGUCACGAUACUCUGGGAACGUUAUGGGGCUGCGGAACCUUUCCUCCGACACUCACUGUUCCAGAAUCGUUCAGCGUUCGCCGUGUACGCUGGUACAUUCUUUCAGGGGCUCCUGCUCUACGGCCAACUCUACUACAUACCCUUCUUCUUCGAGUCCGUCAAGCUUGACUCGCCUGUACGCACCGGGGUUUCACUGCUCGCAGUCACGCUCACCCUGGUCCCAAGUUCAGUGGUGUGUGGCGGUCUAAUCACCCGCAUAGGCACAUACCGCUGGGCCAUCUGGUCAGGGUGGAUCGUCCUCACGCUCGCCACAGGCCUGACGAUCAUCUGGGACGCCCAAACCAGCACUGCAGUCUGGGUCAUUGUCCUCAUUCUUCUUGGUCUCGGACACGGCUUGCUCUUGAACUCGCUUAACUGUGCUUCUCAAGCUGUUUCGCUGCCUGGCGAUGAGGGGGCCGCGUUCGCUAUGUACGCCUUCCUGCGCAGUUUAGGGAUGGCCAUUGGCUUGGGCAUCGGCGGGUCAGUCUUCCAGAACGUUAUGAGCGUCAAGCUGCGGGAUUUGGAUCUUGCUACGUCAAUUGCUCGGAAUGCUGAAGCGUAUAUCACUGUAUUGAAGGCGGGCAAUCAACCUGAUCUUGCAGCAGUGAUUGGUGCGUACGUCUACGGUUUCCGCGGGGUGUUCGCGUUCUUAUGCGGUCUGGGUGGAUUGGCGUUGGUGAUGUGCUGCUUCGUCGGGCACUUUGUAAUUGACAAGGAAUUGGAUACGGAGCACGAGCUUGACAGUACUCCUAGAGUGAGUUGGAGGUUGAGCAAGAUGACCAAGAACAGCCAGAGCCAGAGCGAGGGUCCGAGUCAGAGUCAACUUGCUAGUCCUAAAGGAAGUGAGCGUGGCGGUAUGGACACGGUUGUAUAA